CAGCUCGGGAAACAAACACACCUCUCCACGUACAGCGGCUCUGACUGUUAGCUUCAUUUGCUACGUUGUGAGGCUAGCAAACUCCGUCAAACUGUGACUGUACGGCAAAAGUGAAAUAGACUAUUUACUUAGGUAAUGUAGCGUGAAUGCACACAUACAGCAGCUAUUACAGAAGCUAAUAAAAUGUACUUUACUCUGUCGUCAUGUCCUCUAGAAAGCGAAAAAGAUACACUACAGAUAUAAAGUGUGUCCUCUUUCCGGACGAUGUCAAGAAUGGUGUCCAAAAAGUUGAGAGAGAGACACCACUUUCAGUUGUGUCUUCUGCUAAGAGUUGGGAAAAGUGUGGAGACAGUUUUUUGGAUACUCCGUCCACAAAGAACCUCAAGUCAUCAGGAAGGACAUUUUCUGCCAUAAGAAAGUUGGCUCAGUCUCCCGCUUUUGAACAGACCAGUGGAAUUCACUCCAAUGAGGACCCAGUGCACAUCGCUUGGAGCUCCAGUGAUGGUGAACGAUCUGAGGAUGAAACUCAGGGGCAGCAUCUUCCCAGAGUGGCUCCACGUCAAUGCCCUCAGAAACCAGAGACACCCACUCAGUCUUACACCAGAGCACUACACAUGCUCACCACUGACAAAGAUGAUGCUCCUGUUAUUGACACAGACAGUGAUGUGGAUGAAUUUGAGGAAGAGGUUGAUAGAGACAGUGGGCAACACAUUUCUGACUGUGAGUCUGAGUCUUCUCAUGAAAAGCAAAUGGAUUCUCCUGCUAAACCUUCAAACGUCCCAGAGCUAGAAAUCUCAGGCUACGUGUCUGAUGGGGAGAAUGUUGGUGACACAAUGACGUGCAAGCUGGACUCUGAGAGCUCCGCUCACCAAACCAAUGAGGGCACCAAAAGGUCAGUCAGUGACUGGGUCAAAUCUGCUCAGGCACUGCUGCAGACACCUCAGAAACUGUUCAACAAGCAGUCCAAGACCCCAGAGGACUCUGCCAAAAAGAGAAGGAAGUUUCAAAGUGGAGGCCUUGCAGAGCGGCUGAAUCGACUUCAAUGCAGACAGAGGUCAGCUAUUAGCUUCUGGAGGCACAAAUCCACCUCUAACAUGUCAACAACAGCAGUGGACAGGCCUGGUGUGUUGGUGCUGGAGGUGCUGGAGGUUCAGCAGGAGUGCAGCAUGCAACUCGUGCACUGUGAGCACCACCAGCCUCCCAGAGAGGGCCACCAACACAGCCAGACUCCCCCUGAAGAAAGACCUCGUCUGCUGGUGUUAUUCAACCGAGAGACUGCGGCCCAGCUGGUUCCUGCACCCAAAGAUGUCAUCCACAUAUACCCACCAUGGCAAAGUCUCUCUGUGGAAGGUUUCAGCUCUGCUAUUAUUCUGAACACACACUUCAGCCAGAAAGUCUACUCUGCUCCAAAGUCAGUCGACAUGUCCACUCCAAGCUUGUUUUCAGCCAAAAGAAUCAUGCCAUAUUCACUGGAUAAGACAUUUGGACUACUAAAGGAGAACAGUACCAAACAGGCUGAUGUCUCUGAAGCUGUUAGCUGUUUCAGAGAUUCAUAUGUUACACCAAGACACUGCCAAUCUCUCCUGGAGGCUAUUGAGGGACUGGGCCAGGCCGGCUCUGUGGGGCAGGCUGUGGAGGUGGUGGUCCAGAGGGUUUAUUCCAUCCCCGUGCCUGACUGCUCUCCUAGGUCCAUCCUCAAGCACAGAAUUCCCUCCAGGCCCUCCACAGCUCCUCCAGCUGAAGAAAAAGACAAAACCAGACUUUGUGUGCUGGUCCAGGACAGCUAUGGGAUGUUCAGUGUGGUUCAGCUCCACAUUUUGCCAUGUGGAGGUCACCUCCAGCAGUACUGCCACAUGUGGCAAGGAAGGACCUGUUUACUGAGAGACAUUAAAGUGGUGCAGCGGGUCACUCGAGAAAGGCACACCCGGCUUUUCAGUUUGAUAGACAGUCUGUGGCCCCCGUUGGUGCCUCUUAAAGAUCAUGGAAACACACCUAGCUCGCACAGUGGAAGUAGACCUGCAGGACCAGCUCCAAGUUUCUGCUACUUGCUCUCUGGUGUGGAGAGCUCUGUUGAACCCACUGAGGGCCAGGAUGUGCCCCCACUCUACCUUCCCCCCACACCACGAAACUUACAAGACAUACUGCAGAGUGAGCUCAAAUCCUACUGCUGCAGUUUUGUAGCCACUGUAAUAUACAAAAGAAUGCAGAAGACUAAUGUAGGCCGAGGAGAGAUCUGGUUAGUGCUGACAGACCCCAGUCUUCAGGAGGAGCAGGUUGAGAGGCCACACAGGCGAACAGUGGCCCUGUGUGUGAGUGCUUCCUGUGUGCUCACUUCCUCUGCCCUCAAAGCACUAAAUUCCACCACUGCCUGUCGUAUGUCAUUCAGAGAUACCAUCAGAGAACAUGGUGUUUUCCUGUGUGUCGAAAACUCAGUUGUUGAGCUGUGUUCUGAGCAACCUGAGGUCAGUUUCCAGUCUGCAGCCAAACCAGAAUCACUUACUGAGCCUGAGACAAGGUCUCUGGCCCAACCUGUGCUACUGGAUCCCCUGGAUCUGGAGAUCACACCCCACUCCCUCUGCACUGUCACAGGGGUGAUAGUCAGUGUGGAUGAAAACACAGCUUAUUCCUGGCCUGUCUGCAACCACUGUGGAAGUGACCACUUGGAGAGAUUAGCUCAGAGGCAACAGAACUUCCACUGUGUUUCCUGUAAGUCUGUGGUGGACAAACCAAUGACAAGACUUCAGCUGGAAGUAUUCCUGAGUGUGUCUUCGUUAUCUAAUUGUACUGUGAAGGUUAAGCUGCAACAAAAGACUAUCAUGUCCAUCCUAAACACUACAGCACUGCAGGGACAUGAGUUCCCAGGUUACGAUGUAGAGAAUGUCCUGGGGAAGGAGGUGGGCCCCCUCACCGUUUAUGUCCAAGUCAUCACAAGGAAACCCGCUCUGUGGAUCGGCCUGGAAGAAAUCUGCCUGUGAGGCUGUCAGAGUAAGGACCCAAUGAUAUCAAUCCUCAGGCUUCAGCUGGCUCCAAGGAUCUGCACACUAGGCCUUGGUCUGAACCAGUUUAACCCCCUCUCCCCCCUUUGAAGGCCUCCUCAUGGCCUGAGGCUGUGCUGAACCGAACAGGCUGGAAAAGACAAGGUCUUGUUUGUGUUAAUGAUAUGUGAGCCUGUGGACUAGGAGUUGACAGCCCAAGGGUAGACCAAUAGCAGGCAGCCUGUCAAACCAGCCCACGUGUCUGUUAAGUGUGAUCCGACUUCAGAGUAAACCUCCUGGGAAUUUUUAUGUGACAUGAACAACCUAUUUUCUACGUCACCUGCUUCUGUAAAAUUACUGAAUGGUGCUGAUACUGUGUCAAUAAAAAGAUUUAUUAUUGCA